AAAACAGGCCUUCACCCAAGGAGCUGGAGGAGCUGGAACUGCUGAACAAGGCCUUAGAGAAGGCACUGAAAGUUAGGAAAAGCAUCUUGAAAACUCCAUUACAGGCCGGGGGAGCUACAGGAGAGAAGUCUGUGGGUGGGGGAUCUGCUGCCAAGAAUGCUGAAGAGCAGCAGGUGCCUGUAUCUGGUGAGGAUGUUCCUGAGAGCACAAAGGUGAGAGCUGCAAGCAUAAAGCCUGCGUCUUUGAAGAAGCCCUCUCCAUACCAGCUAAGAGCCCCUUAUAGGACUGACCCAGAUGUGAAAAAACUGCGGAGGAAACCCCCAGCCAGAUGGAAGAAAAGUUGUGGUUUCCUGGGAGAGUCUGGCAAAAAGGAAGACCCCACAAGUGAAGGUGCAUGGGGAAAGGGCACCUCGCCUCGGGCAGUCACGCUGCAGGAAAAGGGGCGCCAGCUGAAGCUACCCCUUCCCUACAGGAAAGCCUAUUCCAUCAACUCCAGUCCCGAAGAGAUUGAGGAGGAAUUCAAGGUCCUCCAGGAUGUCCCCUCCCUUCUGAGCCAGUAUGUGGAAGCUGAGCCUGCAGACCACCCUACUCUGCAAAGAGAGUAUGAAAGCCUCCUAACCUUGGAGGGUUUGCAAGCCGUGGUUUCCCAGUGCUUGCAUAAGCUGCAGCUUCUGCGAGGAGGUGAGCCAGUCGCUGGUUUUGUCACCAGGCGACAGGUGUGUGACAGUGCAGGCAUGCUGGCCGUCCCUCUCCUUUGUUACUCCAGCCUGCAGGAGCUGAGGGACCUGUUUGCCCUGAAGCUGCAAGUGUCAAUGCUGCGCCAAAAAAUUGCCUUACAGAAGGUCACAAUGGCAGAAAUCCUGCCUGUCCUGGAGUCCCGGCUCUACCCAGAGGCCUCUGCGGCUCAGCUGUAUCGAGCGGUUUACACGCAGCUCUGUGAAGGAGGCGAGCGAUUCCCUGUGCUGGUGAGAGAUGAGCUGGCAGAUUGA